UCCUGCAACCGUGAGCAGGAGCAGCUCUGACUCCAUCAAGUUAUUGGUGGUAAAUUAUAUAUUAUUAGUGUUGAAAAGACGAGUUUAUAGUGAGGGAGCGAGUUAAACGCCUCUCCUCGCAGCUGUGUCAUUAACGUGUUGUGUUAACUAAGUUGGGAAGAAGCAAACCUCGAACGAUGUUAGCUUAGCUCGCGUUAUUUGUAAAAAGGUACCGCGGAGUCAACAGCAGCUCCAACACGGCCCAUCGCUCUGUUUACUGACUUCACGUUCAGCCCUCCUCAUUUCUCCACUUCCGCUUUCUCCGAGCGCGACUGUUUAAUUAUCAAAUUGUGUGUGUGUCCGUGCGCGUUCACGCGGAAGUGGGAGCUAGCCCGACUGCUCCCGUGCAGCAUCAACAGUCUCCAAGGCAACAAUGAACAUCCUUCCGAAGAAGAGCUGGCACGUCCGCAACAAAGACAACGUCGCGCGCGUGCGGAAGGACGAGGCCCAGGCUGCCGAGGAGGAGCGCGAGGCCCAGCGUCGCGUGGAGCGCGCGGAGCAAGAGGCUCGUACAGAGUUUCUGAGAAGGAAAUCCCGAGCCGCUCUCCCUUCAACUGAAGAAAACAGGGAAGAUGAACCACCGACUGGAGGAAGUGGACCUCUGGAGCAUCUAAAUCUUUUUCCCUUCGAGGAGUCCUCGGAGAAGAAGGGGAAUGAUGAGUAUCUCAAGGAUAAGAAAGCUGAAACGGAGAAGCAGGAACGAGCUAUCGGCUUGCUGGUGUCUCUCGGACCCCAACCAGGGACUGAGGUCACGCCGUGGUACAUGAAAACCGGCAAAGAAAUAGAGGAGAGCAAAGAAAAAGAAAAAGAGGAGAAAAAAGAAAAAGACCAGAAGAAGGGAAUAAGUGAAGAGGAGAAAGAGAAGAGAGAUCGCAGAUUGAAAGAUAGUUUAGACCCGUUGAAAGAAAUGAAGAAAGCACUGGCUGUAAAGGACAGGAAAUACCGAAAUGGCAAGAAAAUGGAAAAAAGAGACAAAUGGGUGAAGAAGAGCAUCGGAGAGAGCUCCAUAGAACGGUUACGAGCUGAGCGCUUGGAGAGGGAGGCUGAAGAGAGGAGGAGGACCAAGGCCCUGCUGGACCAGAGGAGCGGCAAAGGGAAGGAGGCGGGGAAGGACAACGAGAGGGAGAGGCCCUACAACAGUGUUUAUUUCCCAGAACUGGCUCGAAAGCGUCAAAGGCGGGAUCGAGAUAGCUGGAGAGAUGAAAUAUUAAAAUCCUGAGAUUUCUUUAUUGGUCGAGUGUGAUCCGAAAUGGAUGGUUAGUUUAUAGAUAUUGGGCUACAAACGCAGCGUUUCGUGAUCCCGCCAGCGGGGCAGAGGGUUGUCCUCACAAAGGGCUUGAAGCUAUCAGCAAAGAAGACACAUGAACAACUGGUAGACUUGUUUACACUCUCGCUAUAGUUCCAAGAGAUUGUUGGAUGACAGAAAAUCUACAAACACUGAAUAAGUUGUUCAGUAAAGAAAAGGAAAACUGGAGAGCAGAGCUGAAGCAAUUAGACAAGAUGAGUUAAUUGGCAGAACAUUUAUAAUUUCACUCAUUUAUGAAGCUGAAUUUCCAACAAUUUUCUAGUUCCAGUUCUUCUUUGUCAUAUAUUACUUUAAGAUUCAUUUAUUUGGAUAAAACACAAAUCUGGCUUUCGUAAAUUCACUUUUUCCCCCAAAGUUGUACAUUUGUAUAUUUUACUUUUAAAAGCCAUAUAAAUGUUCCCAAACCCAGUUUGAAAUGUCACAGUAAAGCCCAGGUAAAAAAAUAAAAAGAACUGCUGAAUUAUAUUUAGUCCGAGUAUUAUUUAUUAGUAUUUAGCUCACUGUCACGACUGACUGGAACAGAAGAUUGAAUGAUGCUAUUAUACAUUUUAUUAGUAACACCUGUGCAAUUUUUUUUCCUGCAAUGUGAAAUUAAAUGUAUGAUAUUAACUUGU